AUGUCGGCGGAGGUAGCGCUAACGAGCCCGGGGGAAAGCUGCUCCGCGAAACCGCCCGACAUAGAAGAUUUCGUGAUAUUAAAACCGAUAAGCAGAGGUGCCUUCGGCAAGGUGUUUCUCGGCUGCAAGAAGACCAACCCGGACCUAAUGUACGCCAUAAAGGUCAUGAAAAAAUCCGAAAUGAUAAACAAAAACAUGGUCACGCAAGUGGUGAACGAACGCAACGCCCUGGCGCUCGCCAACAACCCCUUCUGCGUGCAACUCUUCUACUCCCUGCAAACCCCCUCGUCCGUCUACCUCGUCAUGGAGUACAUGAUCGGCGGCGACGUGAAAUCCCUGCUGAGCGUCUGCGGCUUCUUCGACGAGCCCAUGGCCUGCUUCUACAUAGCCGAGGUGUGCCUCGCGCUGCGCUACCUCCACAAGCACAACAUCGUCCACCGGGACAUCAAGCCCGACAACAUGCUCCUGUCGAAGGAGGGCCACCUGAAGCUCACCGACUUCGGCCUGAGCAACGUGUACGUGCACGGCGACUUGGAGAUGUCCGAUCUGGAGCGGUGCACUCCCAAUUUGUGCGCGCGCACGCCCGGCCAGCUGCUCAGCCUCACGGAGCACCUCAGCUUCGGUUCGGGCAACUCGAAGUACACGAACCGCAAUCGCACCGAUUCCCAUUGCGAUUUGAACGACUCCAAAUGCAAUUCCUCCGCCCUGUCGGGGGUGACUUUUCUAUCGGCCGAUUGCGAGAGCCCUUCGCGGGUGUCAUCGUACCACACGUGUCCGAGUACCACGCAAGAUGAGGCGUCCUCGGUGGGCUCGUGUAUCAGUUCACCCGUUACGAGGAAACCGUUGAAUUGUACCUAUCGAAUGAACGAAAUGCGGCAGAAAAAGAGGAAAUUCAGGUCGGAAUCGCCGCCCGGGAUGAAGGCUUAUUUGAAAAGCGGUUUGACGGGCGAGAUCGAGAUACUCAAACUGGAUUCGCCUAAAGGUGUGAAGUUCUCCACGCCCGUUUCGCUCGAGAAAACCAAAAAGAAAUCGAUGAAGUUCGAUUUGCAGGCCACCAUCAAAUCAGCGGCGAUCAUGAGUCCCAUCCGAAGCGAAUCCGUGACGCCCAAGACGCCGAAAACGCCGUUUCGAACGCCCAAGUCCGUCAAACGCGCCCCGUCGAGUUCCGAUCAGCGGAUCCUCGGAACGCCCGAUUACCUCGCUCCGGAGUUGCUGCUGAUGAAAGGCCACGAUCACGCCGUCGACUGGUGGGCCUUGGGGUGCUGUCUGUACGAAUUCGUCACCGGCAUAACGCCGUUCAACGACGCCACGCCGCAAUUGGUGUUCAAGAACAUACUGGAGCGGAACAUCGAGUGGCCCGAGGGCGACGAGAGCCUGUCCGAGGGAAUGGUGGCGGCGAUCGAGGCGCUGCUGGCCGAAAAGCCAGAGGACAGGGCGCGAGCCGAGGACGUGAUGGAGAUGAGCGCUUUUAAGGAUAUCGAUUGGGAUAAUUUGUUGAAUGCGAAACCUCCGUUCGUACCCGAACCCUACGAUUUGGCUGAUACGGGUUAUUUUCAGGCCAGAAACGAAUUGUUAAAGUUUAAUUUAUCGAAUUUCGAAUCAGAAAAGUUUAUUGUUCUCGAAAUAAUUAUGGAUAUCCAAACGUUGACGCCGCAAAAAUGGAUAGAAAACGAGGAAACGUUCGUCGGAUUGCUGGAAAAUCGAAAUAUCCUUCACGCAAUUCCUUGCUUGAACGCCAAUACAGUCGAGCAAUUCCCUAAGAUGGCCAUGGUGAGGUUCAUCGGUAUGGUACAAGAUAUGCAUUCGCCUGAAUAUUAUUUGGAAAAAGUCGAGGUGAUAGAUAGAACCAACAACAAAAGCUCCAUAAUGAACGGAAAAUACGGGAACAAGCUGGUAAACGACAACGAGUACAUAAAUUUCAAAUGUCCAACGAACGUUACAUCGGAGAGACAAUCUUUCGUUGUUAUUACAGUUCCAGCGUUGAACGAGUGGGUUCGAAAUGUACAUAGUAAAUUCAAAUUGAACCCUACAACGAAUAGUUGCCCAAGUAACGAGCGGGAAUUAGACGAACCGAUGGAGGAAACGGGGCCUUGUACAUCGAAGAAACUCUGCACGGAAACGACUAAAGCUGGUUUAAUGUCUAAUUCUAACGUGAGCAAUGCGCCUAAAGAUAUUUACCCUCUAGAAGACGGCUGUAACGAGGCGUUUUGUGUUACAGUAUACAACAAAGAAGAUACGCUUAAAAUCAACGAAGUUUUCGAGUUUAUCGGAUUCCUCGAUACGCAACCGAUCGCAGAUGAAACAGAUCCAAAUGCGUUUUCCUACCCGACAAUUCACUGCGUUAAAUUCCGAAAAUUGUCUCAUCACAACCCCCUAUCCGAGGAACUCUCCAUCAACACGGACACAGCUCGUAAAGAUUUACUGUUAGUUCUAACUCAACUACUACUCGGCGACGAAUUAUCCGCUGAAUACCUCCUGUGCUAUCUCAUUUCCGAGGUGUAUUCGCGCAGGGACGGCCUCGCUUUGGGAAAAUUCUCUCUAAAUAUAUCGAACGUGCCCGUUUCGACCUACCCGAACUACCCGAAGUGGCUGUACAACUUCAUCGAAAAAUUCGUUACCAAAAGCGCCUACCUACCGAUGACCUUAGACAACCUCAACGCGCUCCGGUUCGUCCCGAAGAAAAACUACGAAUCGAACUACCUGUCCUCGGGGGUGCUGCAAUUGAGCGACCACACUCGCCUGGUGCUCGACGAAACGAAACUGUCCCCCGGGAAAUUAAACAGCGCCGGACUCGAUAACGUGAAGGCCGUUUCGGAUUGCAUCGAACACCAAACGGUCCACUACGAUUUCAAAUACUACCCGUUGGAAUUCGACUGCGAUAUACCGUUUCUCAUCCUCUCCGAAGGGAAGACGAUGUUGAAGAGCGACGUUCACGUGAAACUGGAGCCGGACGGAAUGAGUUUGGAGAACUUUGAACGGAUAAUCGAAGCCGCCGAUCACUUUUUGAACACUCAAGUGUUGGACAACAUUCGAGGUUACCUGACGCUCGCGAUGAGCGUGGAGUAUACAUUGAACGAGGACGUGGAGAAGUUCGUUCAAGACGAGUUCGUUAAAAUGAGACGAGACGAAUCGGUCACCGCUAAAGACUUGCACGAUUUGCUGGUGCUCGCCCGCGCCUCGCACACCGACAAUCUCUCGACCGACGAGCACGAGAGCCUGCGGGAGGCGCACAACGCGCCGUCGACGCGCGGCAUCCAGCAGAGCGACAGCGGCACCGAUCUCAACGAGCACCCGGUCCACGACAUCGACGCCGAUUGGCACCGGUUCUGGUCGAUCAACGGCGAGAAAUUGAUAUGGGAGAGUUGGAUCGAAAAGUACAGCCACUACAUCAAUCCCGAGUACCUGUUGCCGGCGCAAAAGGAACCGCUGGACGAUCGUAAGGGCACAGGGAUUGUUUGUUUCUAA